UGGGGCGGCGCCCAGCCCCUGCCGCCGCUGCGAAGGCACCUCGCGUUCACGUCGACGAAGCCGCCUUUCGUCCCUCACGACGAUUAUCACCGAUUCUCCGCCGAUGCUCGGAAAUCCGCCGAUCAAGAGCCCGAGGCUAUUGUUGUCCGAUCUCCGCAAAUAAAGCGGAAGAACACUAUAGAGAACAAUGAAGCUGAUCAUAGUGAUUGGACUAGCAGUCCUGGAUAUACCAAUGUUGUUAACAGUCCUAUGCAAACUCCUGUUUCGGCUAAAGGAGGAAGAGCAUACAAUAGGUCAAAGGGUUCUAAAGGCAACAGAUCUGCGCCUCAGACUCCUGUGUCAAAUGCUGGUUCUCCUUCUCCUUUAACUCCAGCUGGAAGCUGUCGCUAUGAUAGUUCUCUUGGUCUUUUGACAAAAAAGUUUAUCAAUUUAAUUAAGCAUGCAGAAGAUGGUGUUCUUGACCUAAAUAAAGCGGCAGAAACUUUGGAGGUGCAAAAGAGGCGGAUAUAUGACAUAACAAAUGUUUUGGAAGGCAUAGGUCUCAUUGAGAAGAAGCUAAAGAACAGAAUACGUUGGAAGGGACUUGACGCUUCAGGGCCAGGGGAGGGUGAUGGUGACAUUUCUCUAUUACAGGCCGAAGUUGAAGACCUUUCAAUGGAAGAGCGCAGAUUAGAUGAUCGAAUAAGAGAGAUGCAGGAGAGGUUAAGGGACCUAAGCGAAAAUGAAAACAACCAAAAGUCGCUUUUUGUGACUGAAGAUGACAUUAAGAGCCUGCCAUGCUUCCAAAAUGAAACCCUUAUAGCAAUUAAAGCUCCGCAUGGGACAACCCUGGAAGUUCCGGAUCCUGAUGAAGCUGUUGACUAUCUGCAGAGGAGAUACAGAAUAAUUCUCAGAAGCACAAUGGGUCCCAUUGAUGUCUAUCUUGUUAGUCAAUUUGAGGAGAAGUUUGAGGAGAUGAAUGGCGCUGAGCCACCUGUGAACUUUCCACUUGCUUCUUGUUCGGGAUCUAGUGAACCUACAGUGACAGAAGUGGUGACCGAGGAGAGCACCAGAAAGGAAGUUGAACCUCAGGCGCAAAGUCAUCACAUGUGUGCUGAUGUUAACGCUUCACAGGAUUAUGGUGGGGGAAUGAUGAAGAUUGUUCCUUCUGAUGUUGAUAACGAUGCAGACUACUGGCUUCUAUCUGAUGCUGAAGUUAGCAUUACAGAUAUGUGGAGAACAGAUUCUGGAGUUGACUGGGAUGGGGCAAAUAUGCUUCAUGGAGACUUUGGAAUAACUGAUGUCAGUACCCCAAGGCCCCAAACCCCACCGUCAGGAAUUGCGGACAUUCCAAACACUACUAUGGACUUCUCUCAAAGGUGAACUUUAAUUUUUCUGAUGCUAAAUGUAGGAAAUCAUCUCUGCACCUCAUUGGCGACCUUCCAUGGCAUGAAGAUGCUAGCUUAGCUGGUUGUCUGAUGAACACCAGCAAAAAUUUUGGAAGAUUCUGAUGGAUAGCAACGUGGGGGAUAUUUUAUACUGUACAGCUCGGUAAUAUUUUUGGCCCCCUUGGUAAAAUAAAAAUGUUGACAUUUGAUGUUUUAAGCAUCGAUGGAAGUUCACAAUUGUGAUGAGCAUGAAUGCACUGAAUAAUACUGGACCACCCUCAACAUACACAAUUUGAGCUUAAAUCUAAAUGCAUAAUCUCAUCGUAUGCAUUUCCAGUCGUUGAUGAGUGCGGUAGGAUAAGUUUAGGAUCACGAAGUCGUAUUAACUGGUCUGUAAAUGCCGUGACUUGCACACAUGGCAACAGAGGGAUACUGGUUUGUUUUCUGGGCAACAUAGAUCUCAUAGGCCUAAAGAUUGCAUUGACCCUUUGUUUCUAAGCAAUGGAAUACACUCUGUAAACAUUUUAUACAUUUAUCCUG